AAAGGCCCCACGUGUUCCGACCCGCCAGGCCCGGCGCAGCUCGGAUCCGGCGGCGCUGCUUCGCCCGGGAGUGGGUGGGGGAGAAGCCGGGGCAGGGGAGGAGCCGCCGGAGCUGUCGGAGCCGUCCCUUGGGAGAAACCCCUUGUGCCCAGGCUGAGACGGAGGGAAUGACGGUGUGAGCUCUAGAUGGUGUGAGACCACCCUGGAGCCGGACAAUGGCUACAGCCUUGGAACCAGAGGACCAGGACCUGUGGGAAGAAGAGGGAAUUCUGAUGGUGAAAUUGGAGGAUGAUUUCACCUGUAGGCCAGAGUCUGUCUCACAGAGGGAUGACCCUGUGCUUGAGACAUCACACCAGAACUUCCGACGCUUUCGCUACCAGGAGGCAGCAAGCCCUCGAGAAGCUCUCAUCCGACUCCGAGAACUGUGUCAUCAGUGGCUGAGGCCAGAGAGGAGGACAAAGGAGCAGAUCUUAGAGCUGCUCGUGCUGGAACAGUUCCUUACCGUCCUGCCUGGCGAAUUGCAGAGCUGGGUGCGGGGCCAGAGGCCAGAGAGCGGCGAGGAGGCAGUGACACUGGUGGAGGGUUUGCAGAAACAACCCAGGAGACCAAGGCGGUGGGUGACUGUCCAUGUUCAUGGCCAGGAGGUCCUGUCAGAGGAGACAGUGCAUCCAGGAGCAGAGCCCGAGUCACCUAGUGAGCUUCAGGAUCCUGCACAGACCUUGACCCCCGAGGAGUCCCCUGAGGAGACCACACAGAGCCCAGAUCUGGGGGCACCAGAAGAGCAGAGCCUGUGCCAGGAGUUGGAGUUCCAGCCCCUGCAGGAGAGCGAGGUUUCAGUGCCCCAGAACCCAGCCCUUCCCGAAGAGAGGAACCCUGCAAACCCAGAGGUGGUGGCCCUUCUAACUGCUCUAUCACAGGGAUUGGUAACUUUCAAGGAUGUGGCUGUAUGCUUCUCCCAGGACCAGUGGAGUGAUCUGGAUCCAACCCAGAAAGAGUUCUAUGGGGAAUAUGUCUUGGAAGAGGACUGUGGAAUUGUGGUCUCCCUGUCAUUUCCAAUCCCCAGACUAGACGAGAUCGCCCACAUUGAAGAAGAAGAGCGUUCGACCCCAGAUAUCCCAGAGCCUCAAGAGCCAGACAUCCUGAGUUUCACAUACACAGGAGACAGGAGUGAAGACGAGGAAGAGUAUCCUGAGCACGAAGAUGUGAGCGUGGAGGAUCUGCACAGGUCUGUUCUGGGAGACACGGAAGUUCACCAGACCCCAGACUGGGAGAUCGUCUUCGAAGACAGUCCAGGCAGACUUAACGGAAGAAGAUGUGGCACAAACACAUCUCAGGUUAAUAGCUUAACGAGUCUUCGGGAAACCCUGCCUCUCCAGCCCGUGUCAGGGAGGCACCAUGACUGUCCUGUGUGCGGGAAAAGCUUCACGUGUAACUCGCACCUUGUCAGACACCUGAGAACUCACACAGGGGAGAAGCCCUAUAAGUGUAUGGAGUGCGGGAAAAGUUACACUCGGAGCUCACACCUCGCCAGGCACCAAAAGGUUCACAAGAUGAGCGCCUCUUAUAAAUAUCCCCUAAACCGCAAGAAUGCAGAUGAGCCCUCCCCUCUGGUCCAGGCCGAGAGAAUCCCACCCAUUGAGAAACCCUACAGAUGUGACGACUGUGGGAAACACUUCCGCUGGACCUCAGACCUGGUCAGGCACCAGCGGACACACACAGGGGAAAAGCCCUUCUUCUGUACUAUUUGUGGCAAAAGCUUCAGCCAGAAAUCCGUGCUCACAACACACCAAAGAAUCCACCUUGGGGGCAAACCCUACCUGUGCGGGGAGUGUGGCGAGGACUUCAGCGACCACAGGCGGUACCUGGCUCACCGCAAGACGCAUGCGGCCGAGGAGCUCUAUCUGUGCAGCGAGUGUGGGCGCUGCUUCAGCCACAGCGCCGCCUUUGCCAAGCACCUGAGGGGACACGCCUCGGUGAGGCCGUGCCGAUGCACCGAGUGUGGGAAAAGCUUCAGUCGCAGGGACCACCUGGUCAGGCAUCAAAGGACACACACUGGUGAGAAGCCGUUCACGUGCUCUACCUGCGGGAAGAGCUUCAGCAGAGGCUACCACUUAAUCAGGCACCAGAGGACCCACUCAGAAAAGACAUAGCCAGGCCCCCAUGGGCAGACACCUGCCUUCAGCCGCUUGCCAGGGGUGGGCCAGGAGAAGCCCGCUUGUCGGCCUGGGAAGACCUUUUCUAGGGGGUCGGCCCAGAUCUCUGUAACCUCUUCCCAUGACUAAACAAGCCCCUGGGCAGAACCUCUCAGCCUUCUACACCUUGAGGAGAUUUUCUUGCCAGAGUUCACCUGAAUUGAGGCCUCUCCUUGCCUUCACCUCACGGGUGCAAAGUGGGAGCAUUAGAAGACUUAAGAGGUUGUGGUUUUAUAUUUGCCCCCCAAACAGGCUGUUACUUAUCCUAAAGACUUGUUAACAGCCUCCAGUUCACAGUGGCCCAGGACAAGCUCUGAGGUUUGGUAAGGGACCAGCCUUUAGGAUUCUGUCCUUACUGGGCUCAAAUUUUAAAGCACACAGCCCUGAACUCAAGGCAGGUGAUCGGCAUCCUGAUGGCUCUGCCGCCCUUACCCAGGUCAACUGCACACACCUCUCACUGAUUCCCCCCUUCACCAUGCACUUUGCUUUCAUUCCGGGGAGAGUUGCGUGAGGUGUCUGAUGGGCAAAAACGUCAAGGCUACUUCCUUUGGACCUUGUUAGGCUCCUCCCUUCUCCAUUGUCAGAAUGACACCAGGUGCCAGAUGCAGCUUGAAAGGAGGACCUAGUCAGAAGCCUCUUUGCUCGUGGGGUUUUUUCCCUGUCAGAAUGUUCACACCUAGCCCUCCUGUUCUACCAGUCUCUUGGCUUUGUCCCCAGUACUUACUCUGCCACAGGUGAGAUUUGGGUGCUGAGGGAUUCGGUCAAGCCUAAUUAAAGUCAUGAAAUCAUAUACACUCCCACACACAUACAAGCCCACCCACCCCAUCCUCUUCACAUGGGUCUGUGAGGGGAUGUUGAAACAGUGUCAGAGGCACUUUAAUCAUUGUAGGAUCGUGAUGGACUGGGUCACUUCAUUUAUGUGAAGAAAGCUGGAGAUCUGAGCUCAGAUUCUGGGAAAAUUAAAAAGUUGUUGCUGCUGUCCAAGGCCAUCCAGACUUCUCCCGAUACCCCACCCCCAUCAUCCCCUCUUCGUUCUCUGACACCAGGGAAACCUGGGCCCUGAAGAAUUUCCCUGGAGUAAAUGGCUUUCAUGUA